AUGUUACAAAAUAGCUGGAUGGCUACUGCCGCCGAACAACGAGAUUCCAGCCCAGAUGAGGCUGGCGGCGGAUCGGAAAUGGCGGCAGGAAUCAUGUCGGUGGUCCAGCCAAGUGUUGAAGCGCUAGAUCGCCAGAUUGUAAAUACCAAACGGGCACAGGCCCAUCUCAACGAGCAAAUCGAGUUGGUAUCUGAGGUUUUGCAUGGGAUCGGUGAUGAUUCUGAAUAUGAUCUACUUGAAUACGUCAAUAAAGUAGAGGAAUCUAAAAAAAGAAUUAACCGUUCUGGAGCUGUUUUGGAGAAAAUCCACGAUCGCCUUUCUCAACUUCAACGUGAUAUCGCUAGGCAAAUCCACAAAGAAAAAACAGAUAUGCAUGCCCCAGCGCCUGCCCCACCUAAACGG